GCGGCGGCCACAGCGGCAGCGGGAGCGCGCGGGGAAGGAGCAGCGGCUCGCAGCCCUCCGGCCCUCGCCCCCACCCAGCGCCAGCCAGAGGGGGGAGGCGGAGCGCCGGCGGGUGGCGGUCUUCGGCCUCCCGGGUCUCCGCUCCGGGAAGCUGCUCCGAGCCGGGGUGUUGUUGCUAAUGAGCUCUCUCUCCUCCCCUCUUACAAUGAAAGACAAGCCAGACCCCCGGUACCUGGAUGGAUUGAGAGCUGAAGUCUCAGAAACUUCAUAAUAAGUUGCCGAUGGCGACCAGCCAAGGCCGGAGGGGUGUUUUGCUGUUGUGUUGGGGACAUCACACAUUAAGGGCCCUUUAAAGACCCGGAUUGAUUGGAAGGACAAAAAUUAAAAGCAAUCUGAUCCGGCCUCAUGCCAGAUCCCUGUGGAUUUUCUCCCUAUCCCAUUUCCAGCCACUGUCACAAUUUGAGAAUCUGCCUGAUUUGAUCGGACUCACCUCCGGGAGAGGUGUAAUGCCAAGGUCAGGAGGACACGAAGUUAUGGGCGACUUUUUGAUCUGCCCAUCAGCAGUCUGAGAAACGCUGGCUCUGAGUUUUUCGUAUCGGCCUUCUGGAAAAAACAAGUUCCUCGCUCUGUGCAAGCCGGCAGUGCUCGAGUCCCUGGGAUAUCGGGCCUCCACCGCCUGGUAGAUGUGGCAUUUCCAUGCUGAGGUUGCGAGUCCCGCCUGACCCAGUCACCGCCUGUCCAGGGCCUCUCUGGGCCGCGCCCCCGCGGACGGCACAGCCAUGCUGCACCUGCUGGCGCUCCUCCUGCACUGCCUCCCGCUGGCCUCAGGGGACUACGACAUCUGCAAAUCCUGGGUGACUACAGAUGAGGGCCCCACCUGGGAGUUCUACGCCUGCCAGCCCAAGGUGAUGCGCCUGAAGGAGUAUGUCAAGGUGAAGGUGGAGCCCUCGGGCAUCACGUGUGGAGACCCCCCUGAGAGAUUCUGCUCCCACGAAAACCCCUAUCUGUGCAGCAACGAGUGUGACGCCUCCAACCCGGACCUGGCCCACCCGCCCCGGCUCAUGUUCGACAAGGAGGACGAGGGGCUGGCCACGUACUGGCAGAGCGUCACGUGGAGCCGCUACCCGAGCCCGCUGGAAGCCAACAUCACCCUGUCGUGGAACAAGAGCGUGGAGCUGACGGACGACGUGGUGGUGACCUUCGAGUACGGCCGGCCCACCGUCAUGGUCCUCGAGAAGUCCCUGGACAACGGGCGCACGUGGCAGCCCUACCAAUUCUACGCUGAGGACUGCAUGGAGGCCUUUGGCAUGCCGGCCCGCCGGGCCCGCGACCUGGCCGCCUCGGGCGCCCACCGCGUGCUCUGCACCGAGGAGUACUCGCGCUGGGCCGGCUCCAAGAAGGAGAAGCACGUGCGCUUCGAGGUGCGGGACCGCUUCGCCAUCUUCGCCGGCCCCGACCUGCGCAACCUGGACAACCUCUACACGCGGCUGGAGAGCGCCAAGGGCCUCAAGGACUUCUUCACCCUCACCGACCUGCGCAUGCGGCUGCUGCGCCCGGCGCUGGGCGGCACCUACGUGCAGCGGGAGAACCUCUACAAGUAUUUCUACGCCAUCUCCAACAUCGAGGUCAUUGGCAGGUGCAAGUGCAACCUGCACGCCAACCUGUGCUCCGUGCGCGAGGGCAGCCUGCAGUGCGAGUGUGAACACAACACCACCGGUCCCGACUGUGGCAAGUGCAAGAAGAACUUCCGCACCCGGUCCUGGCGGGCCGGCUCCUACCUGCCGCUGCCCCACGGCUCUCCCAACGCCUGUGCCGCUGCGGGCUCCGCCAUUGGCAAGUGGAUCAGGCCACCUACAGCCGCCCCCCUCGGGAAGAGCCCCCCCUGGCCCCAGGUGUCCUCCAGUGCAGAAGCUGUGGGCACCUCUGCCACUGCCCCUGCCAAGGCCUCCAAACCCUUCCAGCUCAGGCCCAAAUCUCCGCAAGUGAUGCCUCUUGAAGCAUUCCAAGACUGCGAGUGCUACGGCCACUCCAACCGCUGCAGCUACAUUGACUUCCUCAACGUGGUGACCUGCGUCAGCUGCAAGCACAACACGCGAGGCCAGCACUGCCAGCACUGCCGGCUGGGCUACUACCGCAACGGCUCCGCCGAGCUGGACGACGAGAACGUGUGCAUCGAAUGUAACUGCAACCAGAUCGGCUCCGUGCACGACCGGUGCAACGAGACAGGCUUCUGCGAGUGCCGCGAGGGCUCGGCGGGGCCCAAGUGCGACGACUGCCUCCCCACGCACUACUGGCGCCAGGGCUGCUACCCCAACGUGUGCGACGACGACCAGCUGCUCUGCCAGAACGGCGGCACGUGCGUGCAGAACCAGCGCUGCGCCUGCCCGCGCGGCUACACCGGCGUGCGCUGCGAGCAGCCCCGCUGCGACCCCGCGGACGACGACGGCGGCCUGGACUGCGACCGCGCGCCCGGGGCCGCCCCGCGCCCCGCCACCCUGCUCGGCUGCCUGCUGCUGCUGGGGCUGGCCGCCCGCCUGGGCUGCUGAGCCGGCCCGCGGGACCCGCGGCCCGGGAGGGCCGGUGCGCGCGCCCUGCGCCCUGCGCCCGGGAGCCGGGCCGGCGGCGGGAAGGGUGCGGCCCGAGCUGCUCCCAGGUGCUACUCAGCAGAGUCCUCCCGCCCCCUCAGUGGCACCUGCCCCCUGCCCGGCACUGCAGCAGGGGGCGCCGUGGGGCCCCAGCCCCAGCGACCUGCGAUUUUGGUCUUAGUUUUUCUUUUCUAUUUCCCGCCGC